UAAAAAGAAACAAACUUUUUUCUUUUUUUUUCUAUGUAUAUGGACAGAAAUUGUACAAGAGAAAGAAAAUAUGUAUGGUCACAUUUUAUGAACAAAAUUCUGUAUAUUUAUACAUAAAUUUUGUUCUGGUUGAAUUCUCUUCAUUUCGUAAUCCUCAAUUUCCAAUGCGUAGUGUAAUACAGGCUUAAUUUGACCAGAUUUUCAUGAUUCGUCAAAUUACGCAGCGGCAUUUAGUUUUAUUUCAUUCGUAAAACGCACCAUCGUUUCUAUCCACUGCAUCUACCGAGCACGCUUCUGUAUAUAACCAACAAUGAUAUACUUAUCACUUGUUCGAAGAAAAGGAUAGAGAUUGUAAAGGUAGCCAUGUAAAUUAUGUAGGAAUGCUGUACUAUAAUUUUAAAUAAAAUUGUUAUGCGAGACGUAUGUCUCGAUACGUAUUCUUAGUCUAGUUAGACUAGGAAUAGUUGAAAGCCUCGUGCAGUAUUACGAAAAAAUAAAAAUUUACGCAAUUGACAACUAUUUUAUUUUAAAUAAAUUAUUUCGAUCCUUAUAAAUUUUUUCUAGAAAUUAUUGUUAAAAAUUCUUUUGCAAAGUUGCUGAUUGUGGAGAGAUAUUUAUACGUUUUUAAUUUGCACACAUUUUCUUUUAAUAUCAUAUAAAUGUAGAAAAUUAACACUUAUCAAUAAAAACUAUUCCCAAGUAGCAAACUGACGUCAAAUAUGGUCUUAAAGACGUUUUAAUGACGUUUGAAACGUCAAGAAGACGUCAUUAAAACGAUAUUUGAUGUCACCUUGCUACUUGGGUUAUUAUCAAAUAACUCUAAUCAAAAUUAAUUUCUUAUAGUUUGUGAUCACAUAAAUUAAAGAAAAAAAAUGAAAUUAAAAUAUUUUUUGCGUUUUAUUUCAUUUUUCUAAGAAAUAAGAUGUGAGGGAACAUUUUUAUUUGGGGAUUUGAAUUCAGCGUGUCAGAAAUUGUAAAAAAAAACACUUAUUCUGAUUGGAGUUACUUGGCCAACAUUUCUUUUUUUAUCGACCAGUGUAAUUUUCACAGAAAAUAAUCACGAGGGAAGACGACGAUAUCUACUGAAGAGUCUUCUCCGAUCGUUCUUUACACCAACAUUAGGAAGAAGAGGUGUAUCGCUUCUUUUCUCCCCUCGCAGUUACGUUAUAGCACUCAUCCGGUGAGCACUUGAUAACUUCCCCCCUACCCCCGCCCUCGUUCUCCGGACGACGGAACGGUACGGUGAGCGUCGUUCAGGAAAACUCUCAAGUAUGAGAAAAGUUGCCGGCUAUAUUUCACUACGGUAGGGCUGGAAACGGCGAAGGAAAAGGACGCGAGACGGGCAAGGAGGGGAGGCCGAGUGUCAUCUUCGCCGCUCGUUAAUUCCUUCUGUGAUUUAUCGCGAUCCACCGAGUGAGUAAUGACUAACUUCUCCGUUCAAAAAUUCAGAUAUUAGAUUCUCCUUCGAACGAAGACAUCGCGUCGCGCUUUCGUUGCGUUUUUCAAUGGUAUAAUAUAUUCGUGUUACGCUCUCUGAGAAGGAAAUCUCAUUAUAAUUGCACGUAUUGAUAAAUCGCGACGAAGCAUUUAAUAAGACCGAUUUGGCCUAAAAUUUUAACCAUUGUUUUGCUCUCUAUGUAGUACUUUAAUAAAACUGCACAGAGAGAAUUUCUUUAGAUUUAAUAAAAUUUAUUCAAAACAAGGAAAUAUAUUUUUUGGAAUAGUCGAACAAAAUUAUUUGAAGAGGCAAAUAAUUAUUUGAAUAUUUAUUAAUAAUAUUGUUUGAUUCAAUGUGAAUCAAUAUCUUUCUAAUCAAAUUAAAGAGUGUUUUGUAUAAUAUUAUACUGUUUGAAUAAAAUAAAUAAAAUCAGUAAAUCUAAAAACAAAUGGAGAAAAAAUAUUCAAAGAAAUUGUUUUCUUUGUGUAGUUUUUUAACUGACAAAAAUAGUGGGUUAAUAGAAAAUCUCUUAGACAAAAAUCACGAUAUUUUUUAUUUAAAGAAUUUACCAUUUCCUUAAAAAUAUAUAAAGAAAACAAGAUUUAAGCUUAAGAUUCUCAAAGGAUUUUUGCCUUCUGUGAAAUACUUGUGAUGAUUAUCAAUGUAUGUUUUGAAAAUUAUGGUCCACGUUGACAGUUCAUCCAUUAUUUAUAAUAAAUCUACAUAACAAAAUAUAAAUUAAAGUACAAUGUAUUUAAUAAAGAAAACCCCUUGCUCUCUUUUAUUCAUUAUUUACUUUCUUCUUUAAAAAAUUCCCGGAGAACAGCUAUUUUUAGACCUUUCGACCUGCUAUCUCGCUUUAAAAGAAGAAAAGUAAAUAGAGUAAUCGCUCUCUCUUCUUAGCGGCAGAAAACCGAUGUUUUUUCCUGUGUGCAGAAACGUGUAAUGACGCAUAUCGCCGACGUGCUAUCGAUCCUCAAACUACACGACGGUAUGACAUUAAACGCGUUUUAAAUCCUGCAAAACACACACUCGAUAUCGCCACGGAAUUGAUAAACCCUCGUCGCAUUACAUCUAUACGCUCUCUUGUCUGCACGAUGUAACGGCAAAUGCUAACGAGUAUGCACGGAGAGGAGGCUGUGCAAGAAGCGCGAUGUGCAUAGGCCGCGGCGGGGGUAGUUGCACAAAGGUCCGACACCCCCGGCCAAGUGCGGAAAGCGCGGCGGCGGUGGCGCAUGCAUAUUCAACGGGGGCACGCGAGGCACACGAAAACGAGAGACGUGUAUAUGUACGUUACACGCGUGCGUGCGUGUGUAGGUGUGCCCGUCGUAGUCAUAGGAAUAAUAAAAAUUCGAGGGUUGAAAUUAUUUAGAUUUAUGCCCGCUCUCUUGUCGUCGUGCCGUCGCGCCGGUGACGAGGCGCGAUUCGAUUCCGGGGAACAAAUUUCAUGCAUUAUUCAGAACCCGGGUCCCGAACGAUGCAACCACCCCCCCCCCCUCCCUUCGUUUCCCCGUUGCAAUGAUAGCGAACCUCCCGAGGAAAAAAAAGUCAUUUUUUAAUCUCUCCUCGCGCCCCAAUAACGCGCGGCUGCGCUACGCCGUUUGACCCUUUAAGGAACGGAGGACACGUGCGAAACAUCCCGGAGGGGAAACGUAUAGGUUUCCUCGCCCCGGGAUUUAAGAGACGUUCGAGAAUUCCGUCCUCGACGUCGAUACAUUAGAAAGCGAUCGCUCUCUAUUCAAAAUGAUUGAUGUUAUCACCUGUUGAAGUUUCCCCUUUUUUUUUUAUCGUACUCCGUACGAACGUGCGGUCUUCUUUAGCUAGAAUUGUUUGAUAUUUCUCUAGCACUGUGUUUGCCGAUUUCUCUAUAAAAUUAUCUAGACGAAGAAAUUGCCUUUUCUCAUAUGUAACCGGAAAAAAAUCUUUAUAUAAAAAAAGAACUAAUUUUAUUGAUCGGUUCGUAAAAUUAGAUUUGCUCCGAUAUAAUUAGAUCUUUGAUAUUAAAUUUUAUCUAUUUUGAUAUAACUUUUUUCACAGGCAGAUUAUUAGAAUGCAUAUUCUCUCUAUCUUUAUCUAGAAAAAUUGUCUUUUUGAAAUUGUCUAAAUUAAUGUGAAUGACAAUGAGAGUAAGUAUUGUUUUUAGCUUCAAAUUAGCUUAAAGAGAAAAUGAUAAGGAACACAGAUUAUGCACUCAUUGUCAGAAAAAUGAUCUUGCAACUGCAACAAAAAUUAUGUGUGUAAAAAUUAGCUAAAAUAGAUAAAUAAUUAGCAAUUACUGUGAUAUGUAUAUGUAUUGCACUUAAUCAAUCUAGCUGAUAAAAGCAGAAUUUUCAAAUUCUAUACGUGACAGCCCAAAUUCUAGCAGAUACAAAAACUAGCGAUACAUUGGGUUGUGAUAUCAAGAAAUCUGUCUAUAUUAGCAAAAAAUUUUUUGGAGUGUACCGAUCAAAAAAUAAUGCAAUGUAAAAGUUGCUUCAAAAUUAUAACUAAUUCGGAAACAUUUACAAGGAACUGUGUCAAUUAUUAUAAUGUGAGUUAAAUAUUUCCUCCAUAUUUUUCAACUUUGAUUUUCAUUUGUAUAUUGAUCCAAAUUGAAAGAGAAACAUUUUCUUUGUCGGAUUAAAUUGUUUGAAAAACUUUUGCGCUUUUAAGAAAAAGAUUGAUAAAUAUAAAACUAUAAAUCUAUCACUUUCAUAUCCUAAAUUGUUUUGCUCAACAAAUGUUAUCUUCAAGUUAUCUAAAUAAAACGAUAUAUAAUUUCAUCUCGAUAAAUUUGCAGUUAAAUUACCUUAUCUGAGACACGUUUACGUGUCAUUUAUUUCGUCUAGGUAAUUUUAAGUUGCCUCGGUGCAACAGUGUGUUCUGUCGCUUGAAACUGUUUACCACAUAGAGCUGGCGAGUGUCAUCGGCGCGAACGGAAACAUUUUAAUCCCGCCCGCGCAAGAACGUCACGCGUGUUUAAUUAAUUGUUUCUACUCUCGACGACGCAAUAAUCGCCUUAUCCGCGGAUUAGCGAGCAUGCAGCAUCUGUCAGCAUGUAUGCUCCGGAAACUUUCGUUCCAUUAUCUUCGCGGAUCCUUUGCGCGUCGCUUCUUCGAGUCGAGAAAAUUGCUUCGAGUAUUCGGACACGAUGAACGUUAUCCUCCACGUGAUUGCCGUCGUCUCCGUCGCGACCUGCGUCAACGGUAGAGUUUAUUACCUGGAGAAUCUAGACGGUACGCGAAACAACGACGCAAUCUAUCCGAUCGUGGAGCAGCAAGCUUCUCGCGACCUGGACCUGGCCUUCUCCGCGGGAGAUCCCCUCGAAAACGAGAACGUCCUACCUCCAACCAGAAAGGUAUACACUCUCGUCGCACCGGAAAAACCGUACGUUGAGCUUGGCAGAGACUUGGAUCGACCGGUCGCAUACUACAGAUUGACCGAGCCGGCCGCCACCGUCAGAAGGGGUGGCAGCCUCGACGACGUCGUUCUCGUUCCGCAAGGAGGUCGGAAAUUGAUGAAGCUGAUGAACGGCAACAAUAAGGGCGAAGUGAUCUUGGAACUUCGCGUCAUAGCUAAUCACGACGGCGCAUAAUUCGCGCGCGCGUUAUUAAAGUUAAACUUCCAUUGAUUUUGCGAGGGAGAGGUGCGAGCGCCCGCGCCGCCGGUGAAACAAACCCUUAUUAUACAGGUUAAAUCGCAGUUGCUUUUAUUUUACGUUCAACUUACAAUAACGAGUACUUUCUAUCGAUACAUAUAGAUACAUCGGGAUGCUGUAAUAAUAUUUACAGUGCAUAUCACAUGUCGACAAUUCGCAUCGUCCAUUUCACUACGACGAGAUUUGUAACGCGACCCCCUAAGUUCUCGCCCCUCAAAGAAAAAGAAAAGGGAUCCGUUCUAGACGUGCGUCGUAAAUAUAUAUUUGGAAAACGUAAAGGCGCGAUAAAGUUUUAGGAACAACUUCAAUAAAUAAUGAUAAAUCUCUGUUGGAGAUUCGUAGAAGCGUUUACAAAAAAAAAAA